CAGCAGUCUUAGAUUUUUAUUCUGUGGAACCGUGGUCAGGAACAUACUGGUAAGGAAGAAGACCUGAGAGGAUUGACGGAGAAGGAAACCCUAAAGAUUUUCCCCGAGAAUAAAGGUUAAUAAUCCUACAUUUUUUAAUGGAUACAGAUAACCAGACGUGGGUAAGAGAGUUUAUUCUCCUUGGCCUGUCCAGUGACUGGGACACACGGGUCUCCCUCUUUGUCCUCUUCUUGAUCAUGUACUUGGUGACAGUUCUGGGGAACUUCCUCAUUUUUCUUCUGAUCAGACUGGACAGCCGUCUCCACACUCCCAUGUACUUCUUUCUCACCAACCUCUCCCUUGUUGACGUCUCUUAUGCCACAAGCAUUGUUCCUCAGAUGCUGGCGCAUUUUCUUUCAGAACAUAAAGCAAUCCCUUUUGUGAGCUGUGCAGCCCAGUUAUUUUUCUCCCUGGGCUUGGGUGGGAUUGAGUUUGUUCUACUGGCAGUGAUGGCCUAUGACCGCUAUGUGGCUGUGUGUGACCCCCUGCGAUACUCGGUCAUCAUGCAUGGAGGGCUCUGUACGAGGUUGGCCAUCACAUCCUGGGCCAGUGGUUCAAUCAACUCUCUCAUGCAGACCAUCAUCACCUUUCAGCUGCCCAUGUGCACAAACAAGAAUAUUGAUCACAUAUCUUGUGAAUUCCUAGCUGUGUUCAGUUUGGCCUGUGUUGACUUCUCCUCCAAUGAGAUCUCGAUCAUGGUUUCUAGCAUCGUCUUGCUGAUGACACCCUUCUUCCUGGUUCUCCUGUCCUACAUCCGGAUCAUCUCCACCAUCCUGAAGAUCCAGUCCACAGAGGGCAGAAAGAAAGCCUUCCACACCUGUGUGUCUCACCUCACAGUGGUUGUCCUGUGCUAUGGCAUGACCAUUUUCACUUACAUCCAGCCCCGCUCCAACCCCUCUGUCCUUCAGGAGAAGCUGAUUUCUGUCUUCUAUGCCAUUCUGAUGCCUGUGCUGAACCCCACGAUUUACAGUGUAAGGAAUAAGGAGGUGAAGGGGGCCUGGCAGAAACUACUGGGACAAUUAUCCGGAUUAACAUCAAAACUGGCAACUUGAUGAAUCCUGAACAUCACUUAGAGAAAGGAGCUUUGCCUGUGUUUCCUCCCACUUAACUCAGAUAUGGCAGGCAUCACCUGCAUUGCCCUGGCAACCAGGAAGGAGAUGCUGACACAUGCCCUGGUGAUGCUGGGUAGGAGGCUGGAAGUUGGACUGGGUGUGGGCUAUGGGUGUAUUUUUAUGUCACAGCAGCAUGUACAGUGGAGUUGAGCACAGAGGUAAUAGAACUUCCCACCCUCCUUCAAUCUCCAUUCAUAUGU